AUGCCGGGCUGCUACGUCGGCAAGGCCACCAAGAUCUUCCUCGCCCUCCUCGCCCUCCUCGCCGUCGUCGGCGUCGUCCUCGCCUUCCGCACCGUCCUCCACCGCUCCGCCAGGUCCAGCCCCAGCUCCGCCACCGGGACCCCGUGCGCCGCCGCCGACGAGUGCCAGCCCGUCCUGCCCGGACCCGCCCUCGCGCAGCCCGCCACCGCCGCUCCCGCCGCCGUCGCCGAUGCUGGUGCCCCCUCCGCAGCUCCCGCCGCCAGCAGCAGCCGUGCCACCGCCGCUGGCAUUUCCGUCGCCUCCGCCUCCAGCAGAGAUCGCGUCGCCCCCACCGGCAUCAGCGACACCGCCGCCUCCCGCCGACCUGCUGCCGCCGCCACCGGCGUUGCCGUCGCCUACGCCGCCGGCUGCCCCGGAGGCGCCCAGCCCGACGGCGUCUUGAUGCCGCUGAUUCUUGACUGGCUCGGUCUCAGAGCAGGUUAG